UAAAGCAAAAGAGAAUGAAAGAAGUAGACAAUCUUGAAAGUAUAAAUGAAGAAUGGGUUUAUGAAACAGGUUCUGACAACCAACCUCUUAGUGACAACCAGCAAACAGAUUGUGAAUAUUUUGUUGACAGCCUUUUUGAGGAAGCACAGAAGACUGGUGCCAAAUGCUUGUCACCCACUGAAGAAAAGAAACAGGUAGAUGUUAGUAUCACAUUAUGGAAAAAUGGGUUUACAGUCAAUGAUGAUUUCAGAAGUUAUUCUGAUGGUGCGAGUCAACAGUUUCUGAACUCCAUCAAAAAGGGGGAAUUACCUUUAGAAUUACAGGGAAUUUUUGAUAAAGAAGAGUUGGAUGUUAAAGUUGAAGAUAAAAAAAAUGAAAUAUGUGUGUCAACGAAGCCUGUAUUCCAGCCGUUCUCAGGCCAGGGUCACAGACUAGGAAGUGCCACACCAAAAAUUAUUUCUAAAGCAAAGAGUAUUGAAGUAAAGAAUAAAAAUAAUAUAUCUGCUGUCCCGCUUAACAACUUGGAACCUAUCACUAAUAUACAGAUCUGGUUAGCCAAUGGGAAAAGGGUCAUCCAGAAAUUUAACAUUUCUCAUAGGGUAAGCCACAUCAAAGACUUCAUCGAAAAAUACCAAGGAUCUCAGAGAAGUCCUCCCUUUUCUCUGGCCACAGCUCUUCCUUUCCUCAAAUUGCUAGAUGAAACGCUCACACUGGAAGAAGCAGAUUUACAGAACGCUGUCAUCAUUCAGAGACUCCAAAAAGCUGCUGACCCUUGUAGAGGACUUUCAUAGCAUUGAUUUUUGAUAGACUAAGUGGAAAACUUGCAGAGAAAUGAUGGUUAUAAAUGGUCAUGCAAACAGAGAUGGGGGAAAGGAAAAGUCAGAUUCACUGGACUUUGAUUCAAGUACUAUUUAACUCUCUUCUGAUGAGAAUUCUUAAAUAAGUACAAGUUAGCACAGUAAAAUAUGACUG